AUAUCUGUCCGGGGCUAUCAUCGGCCUCGUCAUGAUGCUGACUUCAAAAGCGAAGAUCGUUUGAGGGAAAAUAUACGGGAUACCUGCGGACUUUUGGUAAUGAUCAUUCACUCAAGGGUUUAUCUCCUACACCAGACUGCGAAAGAGUUCUUAGUUCGGAACAAUGAGUUACUCUCAACUGAUUACAUUAACCCGAACCUUCAGUGGAAGCAUAUUCUAUUGCCUCAUAAAUCCCACAAAAUGCUGGCCGAGAUCUGCAUUUUUUGCCUUCUCCUCUCUGAUGACUUUUAUAGGUCUUUAUUGGAGGAUCUUGAGUCCCAGCCCACGAAUAAUAGGAUUCUUUUCGACUAUUCCGCCAACUAUUGGGCUAUGCAUCUCCGAGAAUCGCACACCAAGAUCAGCGAGUCCAUGGCGAAGUCUAUCAUGAGGAUAUGUGAUGUUAAUUCAACAAUUUGCAUGGAUUGGCUUUCAAUCUUUUGGGAGAAGAAAUCAAAUACAAACCUCCCCUCUAAACUUACAACGCUCAUGGUUGUGUCAUAUUUUGGACUCGAUGCAAUGGUAAAGAUGAUAUUAUCUAACAUGGGCAAUGAUAAAGAACUAAACGCUCAAGACGGGACGUACGAACGAUCAGCACUUUCCUGGGCUGCUGGAAACGGCUUUGACGAUGUUGUCAAGUUAUUGGCUCGAGGUCGUCGAAGCUGGCGCAGAAAAUUCACCUUACUCCUGUUAGGCAAUGUUUCUGAGAUCAAUUCUAUUGACGCCUCGGGUCGAACGCCGCUGUUUCAUGCUAUUUGGCAUGGGAAUGCAGCUGUGGUUGAGACACUUAUCAAGGCUGGGGCUCGACUUGAGGUAACGGAUAACAUUGGUGGCACGCCGUUGUUUUACGCCAUGUCCUACAGACGAGAAGCCAUCGUCAAAUUACUGCUCAAGCACGGAGCGACUCCCAGAUCAGGAGAUAAGAUGUCCACCAAAUUAUUUUUCUCUGCUGUGGAAAAGGGCGAUUUACAAGUUGUUCAACUAUUCAUUGACUCCGGUUUCGAUAUUGAAUCGAGAGAGGGUCAUAAUAUGACGCCACUAUUAUUAGCCAUAGAAAUGGGCUACAGGGAUAUUAUACAAGUUCUCUUGGAU